GUCAUAUGAGCGGUCUUGUGACAUUAGAGCUGUCUUGUUGUAUUGUGCUACUUUAAAAGUAAUCGUCUGAUAAAAUUUGAGCAUUUAUCUAGGCAACUUUUUAAAGAAAUUUUUAAGUAUUCUUUCGGUAAAAAUAUUACUCACUCUUUCAUAGAUUUUCUCUACAUGGUAUGGGUUUGUUGAAAAAAUGACUGUUACCGAAGCAAAGAUAAUUGAAGCUGAUGAAAAUAUGAAGCAGAAGGAGAAAGAAGCCGAGCAAAGGCGAAACCAAGAAAACCUCGCAGUAUUAGUACAGCAACAACAAAAAGCUCAAGAAGACGCGGAAAAAAAACAGAAAAAAGAUUUAGCAGAUCAUUAUGAAGAGCAAGAAAAAGAUCGUCGUAAACUGCAAGAAGCACAGAAAAAAACGUAUGAAGCAUUGGUGAGAGAAAGGUUGGGAAGAGAAGCAGCAGAAAAGGAAGUUGAACGCUACAAACUUGCACAAGAAGCUGCAGUAACAGAAGUUGAACGCUUUAGGACGGAACAAGAAUACGCUCGCGGUGAGGCUGCGCGUUUAAGAAAACAAGAAGAAGACAGAAAACAAAAGUGGAUCGGUACAAGAGUAUGGGAUGCGAUCUGGAAUGAAUAAGCCAUAAAUAUUUUGCUUUCGUGGACAAACUGAGAAUAAUUUCAACAAAGUAGUUAUGUGUUUUAUGUAGGAAAAAAUGUAAUAUCCAUUGAAUAUAACUUGACUUUGCACUGUGUCAUAAUAACAUAGAGACUUCAUUGAAUCGUGUUUAUAUUUGAUUGUAAAACGAAUUAAUACUUUGAAAUCACAGAUAAAUAUACAUUACAUCUUACAUUAUAUUCAAUAUAUGUUUUGACGUUAUGAGUUCCUUUCUGUACAAAUGGAAAGUAGAUUUUCGAAAUCAAAUCAUAUUUUUCAAUAUUUUAAAUUCUUACUGCAGGUCGUUUUAAACUUUAAAAAAUUAUGUAGAAAUGAUUCAUAAUUCAAGGAUGAUAAUACAUUUUCUUUAAUGAUAUGAUGUUUCUUUGGAUAAUGAUUUUCUAAAAAACUAUUUUGUUUUUAAACUGAUCGAUAAUCAAUGGCAAAUUUCUGGACUGUUUUCUUUUGACUGUUUAAAUAUUCAGAGAUAUAUUUCGUAAAUUACAAUAUAUACAUAGAUAUUGUGAAAUUUGUUCAAAGAAUCAUGAUAAAUUCAACAUACACUAAAUACAUAUUCCUCAUUGUUAAGA